GGCUGAAUGGUUUUUCUACUGUAGAGUCUCCAGGCGCGUUCUUGAACAAGGCCAAGCCCCUCUCCGGAGAGUGCCCGUGCGCCAGCUGAUACUGGUGAACUGUCAUAACCGGGAGCCUGCGCACUGAGGCGAUGGGGAUUUCCAGCAGUAGAACGGAAAAGCUUGGAGGUUGUUCCAAAAAAAAUGCACAGCAUCAUGAUCGUGACCUUCUCUGCCUGGUGACCUUGAAUUCACUACUUUUGACAGGGCAGAGGCUAGAGCUCCGGAUGCAACUCAGGACCCCCAAACUGUGAACCACCAGCCCCCUCUGGCCUUAUUUUAUUUCCCACAUUUGCCCUGCAGAGCACACAUAGACUGCCAGCUAAUAAAAUAUCCAGAGAUGCCCAAAAGCAGAGGGUGGUCUUAACAGGCAAAAGCCUAACCACCCCAAUUACCCUAAACCAGGAAGCAGUUAAGUUCAAUACUACUACCGAUCCCCUUUCGUCUUUAGAAUGGUGACGGCUUCCUGAUUGAGGCCAGAGGCGUGUUCUUGUGCAUUUCUCAAAUCCUCAGCGGAGUCUAUUUGUGUGCGUGUCCUGGGAUGGCGGCAGAGAGGGGCUGCUGAGUUUCGUCCCGGUCCUUGGCAUGAGAGAGGAGUGUCACGGCUGAGCAGGUCACUGCUGCGCCGCCAAUGGAUGCUAAACUGCAAGAGGACCUGUUCCGGAGGUACGUGGCAUGCCUGGAGAGGCGGCUGGAGGACGGAGGGGGGAAUGCGGGCCCUGGGAGAGGCACCUCACAGAGGGGCAGCGAGGCCCUACUCUCCACGGCCACGGCCCUGCUGGGGGCCUACCAGCCAGACCCGGGCCAGAGGUUCCGCAUGGUGCGCUUCUAUGAGGUGGUGGAGAAUGCCAUGCGCUGCCUGAGAGGCUGCAGUCUGCGUGGCCUGGAGAGAGCCUUCCUCACCCUGGAGACGGUCUGCACCAACCUGCUGCUCUUCCCCUGGAAGAAAGAGUUCCGCUGCAUCAAGACCUUCACGGGCCCGUAUGUCUACCACCUUCAGGCUGUCAUGUGCGACGCCGAUCUCCAUUCCCUCCUGCGUUCCAUGGGCUACUCCCAUGACCACGAGCUCCAGUUCCACGUCCGGGACCACCCUGGUGGCCCGCCCCACCUCCGGCAGCUAGCCUUUGAGCUCUUCCUGGCCCAGGCAGAGUGUCGUCUCCUUGGGGAGGUGGUGGCUCUGGCCCGGGGCUCAGCCUCUGAGCUGGAGGCCCUGGAGCAACGGAGGGGCUGCCGGGACGACGCAGCCGGCUGUGCCGAGGUCCUUCGGCGGCGGGACAGCCUCGGGGCUGACAUGGCCCGGCUCUCUGUGCGACCAGUGGACAUAGGUCACCCUCACCAUCUGAGGAGAGGGGGAAGGCCGUCCAAGUCGGUGGAUGUGACGGAUGGAGCUGGGCAUUGGCACGCAGCCAGUAAGCCUAUCCUGAAAGCCUCUCUGAGCCUGAGGAAGGAACCUCUGUUUGUGGAUGCAGAGGAGGACAUGAAGGAUGAGAUCAUCAGGCCCAGCACCUCCACAUCCAUGUUUUCUGUGGCUGCCCCGCCUUCUUACAGCCCCUUGCCUGACUUCUUCCCUAUUCAAUCACCGCCCUCGGUUGAUGCCUACUCCUCCUACCACCUCUCCUCAUUGGAUGAGAUUGAUCUGUACACAGAGAGAGGUGGGCCUGGGGUUGGAGGUCGACAGACACCUUCCAGACCUUCAUCCAGGGAGCCCUGGGAUGCCAGGGAUGGCUGGGCGCUCAAAGCCCACGGCGGGUUCUCUUCUCUGGGGGUGAAGUGUCAGGGUUGUGGCCUGGGCUGCUCCAGCCUGGCCUCCUGCCCUAGGUGUGACAUGAUCCUGUGCCCGGCCUGUCGCGACAUCGACCCCUCCCCCUGUUGUAGACUGCAGGAGUACCCAACCCCCAAAUCACCCCGCCCCAUGGAUGGCUACCUCCCCGUCAAGGAGAAGCUGUCAGUAUACUCCAACACCCACUCUCCUCACCCCCACAUGCACCCUCAUCCCCUCACCCUCACCCACCAGCACACCCACCCCCACCCCCAGAUGGUGGAGAAACCCCUCAUGGCCACCAAGCUGUUUCCCAGCAAGUCGGUUGCCAUGGUAGCCAAUGCUGACCGAGCAAGUCUGGGGGGGUCGCGGUGCGGGUUCUGUAACAAGCCGGGCGCAUCUCACACCUGUGUGAACUGCUCCAAGGUAUCGUGUGACUCGUGCAUAAGCCUGUACGGCAAAGACUUGUGCACACGUAAAAACCCCCAGCACAGCUUUGUCCCCAACCAUCAGCUCAACUUUAAGUCUGGAACCAUAUCACACCUGGUGUACCGAUGAGCCAGGAACAGGGAGUGAACUCUCUCACUUUCCUCUCACCCUUCCCUUGUACUCUUGCACUCUCCCCUGCCCUUUCUUUCCUCCCCUCCCUCGUCUCUAUCAGAUGUAUGGAUAACAUACAUUACACAUGUUCAUAGGGAGUCCUAUCUCUCUCUGCCUUGUAGAAGAUCAUGCUUUUUUUUAACCGGUUCCUCUUCUUCCUUACUGCUCCACCCACUCUAGCUUAGUCAUGUGACGUCGUAGGGCUUCCCAAUCCCUUAAAUCUAUUCCUCCUUUAAACGAAACUCGCCGGACGGCUCGAAGGAAACCCGUCCAAACAAAACACAAACGCUGACAACUUGUCAGCCGAGGAGACUCCGGUAGAUGUGUGUCGUACAGAACACUUUUGAAACUGGAUUGUGUCCGCUGAUUAACUUUUUAACCUUGAAAACCAAUAGGAAAGAACACUGGACUUACACUGGAAUUAAAUAGUAUAUAUUUUCAAUGGUUCAUUCCGUAGAUCAAUGUGAGCCUGUUAGUUGGGUGGUGAAAGAGGCGGGAGUGAACAUUUGGUGUGGGGUUUGAUCCUUUAAAGGGAUAUUUGAGACAGACUAUUAUGGCAACUGACCACUAUUUAAAGAACAAUCACUUGUACAUUUACCCAUAAAUAUUUAAAGUGUAUGGCUGAGGUUUACAUGCUGCUGUGGAAAUUGGAGAUAACCUGUUUUGUUGUAUCAGUUUCUCUAUCAUAUCACUCACAUAUUCACAACACACCUAAAUCCUCAAUCUAUUUGCUCUCAUGCUGAUAUGUCACGCAGCUUCUUGGAGGUGGCUGUUGUUUUGAGUAAUCCAAUAAACUGGAGGACCCUAAGAAAUUAAGUCUAAAGCCAGUGACCGUCCUGAAAGUAUAUAAGAACUUCACUCUUUGCUACACUGGCAUUUAAACACUACAGGUAGACGUUUCUGUUCUAUGACAGGUGGACGUUUCUGUUCUAUGACAGGUGGACGUUUCUGUUCUAUGACAGGUGGACGUUUCUGUUCUAUGACAGGUUACCCAGAUGGUAAUUUUCCCAACUGAUCUUCGGUUAGUGUUUGACAACUUGUUCCUUCUCCUAUUUACAGUGGGGUUUGAAAUUAUUGACACCCUUGAUAAAGGAAAGCAAAAAAAUAUAUAAAGUAAAUCAAAUACUGAGCUAUAUUGUAUGCUGAAAAGAAUGUGCAUACCUAUUUUCAUGUCAAUGAGCUAAUGUAAACACUUGGAGGCUACUAAAUGACAUUGGCAUUUGGAUUGUACCUGCUGCUUUGGGCAGAGGUGAAAAUAAAUAUCUUAGGCCACGCACACCAGUGGUGGGUUUGGCAUUGGAAUGCAGAAAAUAACCCCAUACCUACUGUAAAAUAUGGUGGUGGAUCUUUGACGUUAUGGGGCUAUUUUGCUUCCACUGGUCCUGGGGCCCUUAAGGUGGGGGCGGCAGGUAGCCUAGUGGUUAGAGCGUUGGACUAGUAGCCAGAAGCAUUUCGCUAUACUCGCAUUAACAUCUGCUAACCAUGUGUAUGUGACCAAUAAAAUUUGAUUCGGAAGGUUGCAAGAUCGAAUCCCCGAGCUGACAAGGUAAAAAUCUGUCGUUCUGCCCUUGACCAAGGCAGUUAACCCACUGUUCCUAGGCCGUCAUUGUAAAUAAGAAAUUGUUCUGAACUGACUUGCCUAGUUAAAUGAAGGUUAAAUAAAAAGGUCAACAGCAUCAUGAACUCAGGACAUUUUAGCCCCAAAAUUUUCUGAAAGUGAAUCUUCCAGCAAGACAAUAAUCCCAAGUACACAUCAAAAUUCACAAAGAAAUUGCCAAUGCAAAAUGUUGAUUUUUGUCAAUUAACAAUCUGUCUCAGGACUUGAAUCCCAAUGAGAACCUGUGGUUUGAAUUGAAGAGGACAGUCCAUAAGCAGAGAAACGAUUUCAAGGAUCUUGAAGGGUUCUGUAUAGAGGAAUGGUCUAUCAGCUCUUUGAACGUGUUCUCCGACUCAUGAAACAUUUUUGGGAUUUUUAUUUCUCUAAACAGUUAUUCGUAUAAUAUAGUUUCCCACAUUUUUUUGUAGCAUACAAUAUAGCUCAGUAUUUCAAUUUAUUUAAUAGUCAUUUUUGCUAAUAUUUAUAAAGGGUGUAAUUUUUUUUCCCCCCACUGUAUAACCUGACCCACAGUUCAGUCCAUUUACUUAAUAUGGGCAAGCAGGAGCUGCAGGGGUGAUUUAGACUCUGCUAAACAUAGAUCUACCUCUGGGCAAUGGCACUUCACACUUACAAAGUUAAACGUUCUGGCCAUGCUGACAUCCUUAUGUGGUGAGUGAUGAAGUCACAAAGUCUUUGCAAGGAACACAGGACUGUAAAAUUCACAGUUUAAUAAAGAGACUUGUGGAUAAGGUUAUGGGUUAGAAAAAUACACCGCACAGCACGAAAAGGGAAGUGUUUUGUUUCUGACUGAUGAACCCAAUUGGCCACUGCUGCCUUACAUUGAUCUUUCAACAACAGCUCUAGCUAGAGAAGGGUGAUUUUUGUCAGCGUCUAUGCACUAGCGUCUAUGCACUAUUGGGGCGGCAGGUAGCCUAGUGGUUAGAGCGUUGGGCCAGUAACCCGAAAGGUUGCUAGAUUGAAUCCCAGAGCUGACAAGGUAAAAGUCUGUCGUUCUGCCCCUGAACAAGGCAGUUAACCCACUGUUCCCAGGCCGUCAUCGUAAAUAAGGAUUAGUUAAAUAAAGGUGAAAUUCCAAGUCAACCUCUAGGUGCUUAGCCUUGUCUCAGCUCUCUGCGUUAGGGAUGUCCAAUGAAUAUCAUUGCCAUGCCAUACGCAAAACGAAAGUCAGAAGUUGGAAAUAAGACAUUGGCUGUGUUUUAGAAAAUCUGGCUUGUCUACUACUUACUUAAACUGCAUACUGUGCACUAAUUGUACUACAUACUAUUAAUAAUGUACUGUGUUGUAAAAACAAACGCAGUAAGCAACAUAUCAGGAUACUAGGCUCAUCCUACUGUGAAUGCGUCAUCUAAUGUGCAAUUGUGUUAUUUCCCGCCAUCCGUUCAUUUUGGUGAAGUGAUGAUUAUCAGAUGAUUAUCAGCUUCCGUAAGACACGUGGAUCUCAAAAGACGAUUUUCUUCCUCGGGCGCAGCGAAUUCUACUAGAUAAAAAGAAGAAAUGAGUAUGACAUCCUGUAUACAAAACAUUUCAGCUCUACGGAUCCCCAAUGGAGUCCGUUUUAAAAAAGGCCAACUGAAAUCCUUUCCUCAUUGUUGUACUGUAAUUGCUUGUUCUAUUACUUGGUGAAAGCUAUAUAGAGGAAUGCAUUACAUUCGUCAUUACCUCAAGGAAGGGUGCUACAUCACGUUUUAAAACUUGGUUUGAAAUGUCUUUCCAGAGUGGCCUUAAGGAGCAGUGCAAUUCACUUUUGACCUCUUCUCCUCGUUCAUCUAGUGAUGUUUCCGAAAGGGCCAAAGAUGGCCUAAUGGAUAUGUUCCAAUACUUAUAAAUGUUCUUCUUUCCAGGAGCACUUUCACCAGUGCUCUGGGAAGGCCAGGUGAGGUGAUGUUUAUUUGGCUCUCACCUCCCGCUGAGUGUGUUUCUGUCACAGACACAGCUUCUGCGCAAAGUAUCAUAUCUUUACAAUGUCUGGCUAGAAACAUGUUAACAUCUCAGGAACCAAUAGGACACAAUUAAAAUCUCUGCAGAAUCUGUACUGAAUAUGCAUGAAAGAAACACCCAUUGUCUUCACAGACCGAAAGGAACAUAGAGAGAAGAGGCCAUUGGGUAUAACCUACUCUAUAUUCUAGCCAGUAGAGAAAUAGAAAGAAAUGACGAACUAGUAGUCACAGUGAGCCCAUGACAAAAUGUCAUUGAGCUGCUUUGAUGCCGUCAAUUUGAUUCGCUGCCAUUUGUAUAUAUUCUUUCACACAUGAAACUUCCUAUGUAACAGAGAAAUCAAUCAUCCCUCUUCUCUCUUUGUGGUUAUCUUACCAGAAUGAAAAGUGGUGGUGUUGCCCCGACCCACAAACCCUCUCCUCACCUGGCAUGCUCUGUAGAUCCAGCCCGGAACCUUAUCUUUACCCCCUCUCCUCCCCCUCCACCCGUUGACACUGAGGAGCAUCACAGAAUGUCUGUGUAGAGGGGUUCAACUCCCACUAUCACUACACGGCCAUGCAGGGGGAGAGGAGGAGGGGGAAAAUAGCCAACAUUGUACAUUUGGUGAAAAGUAUGUACAGUUGAAGUUUACAUACACCUCAGCCCAAUUCAUUUAAACUCAGUUCUUCACAAUUCCUGACAUUUAAUCCUAGUAAAAAUUCCCUGUCUUUAGGUCAGUUAGGAUCACCACUUUAUUUUAAGAACGUGAAAUGUCAGAAUAAUAGUAGAGUGAUUUUUAUUUCAGCUUUUAUUUCUUUCAUCACAUUCUCAGUGGGUCAGAAGUUUACAUACACUCAAUUACUAUUUGGUAGCAUUGCCUUUUAAAUUGUUUAUUUUGGGUCAAAUGUUUUGCAUAGCCUUCCACAAGCUUCCCACAAUAAGUUGGGUAACUUUUGUCCCAUUCCGCCUGACACAGCUGGUGUAACUGAGUCAGGUUUGUAGGCCUCCUUGCUCGCACAUGCUUUUUCAGUUCUGCCCACAAAUAUUCUAUAGGAUUGAGGUCAGGGCUUUGAUGGCCACUCAAAUAACCUUGACUUUGUGGUCCUUAAGCCAUUUUUCCACAACUUUGGAAGUAUGCUUGGGGUCAUUGUCCAUUUGGAAGACCCAUUUGCAACCAAGCUUUAACUUCUUGACUGACGUCUUGAGAUGUUGCUUCAAUAUAUCCACAUAAUUGUCCUUCCUCGUGAUGCCAUCUAUUUUGAAGUGCACCAGUCCCUCCUGCAGCAAAGCACCGCCACAACAUGAGGCUGCCACCCCCGUGCUUCACGGUUUGGAUGGUGUUCUUCGGCUUACAAGCCUCCCCCUUUUUCCUCCAAACAGAACGAUGGUCAUUAUGGCCAAACAGUUCUAUCUUUGUUUCAUCAGACCAGAGGACAUUUAUCCAAAAAGUACGAUCUUUGUCCCCAUGUGCAAUUGUAAACCGUAGUCUGACGUUUUUGAUGACAGUUUUGGAGCAGUGGCUUCUUCCUUCCCGAUUGGCCUUUCAGGUUAUGUCGAUAUAGGACUCGUUUUACUGUGGAUAUAGAUACUUUUGUACUUGUUUCCUCCAGCAUCUUCACAAGGUCCCUUUCUGCUGUUCUGGGAUUGAUUUGCACUUUUCGCAUUGAAUUAUGUUCAUCUCUAGGAGACAGAACGUGUCUCCUUCCUGAGCGGUUUGAUGGCUGCGUGGUCCCAUGGUGUUUUUACUUGCGUACUAUUGAUUGUAAAGAUGAACGUGAUACCGUCAGGCGUUUGGAAAAUUGCUCCCAAGGAUGAACCAGACUUUUGGAGGUCUACAAUCUGUUUUUCUGAGGUCUUGGCUGAUUUUCUUUUGAUUUUCCCAUGAUGUCAAGCAAAGAGACACUGAGUUUGAAGAUAGGCCUUGAAAUACAUCCACAAUACACCUCCAAAUGACUCAAAUACUGUCAAUUAGCCUAUCAGAAAAUUCUGAAGUCAUUUUCUGGAAUUUUCCAAUUUUUUUAAAGGCACAGUCAACUUACUGCAUGUAAACUUCUGCCCCACUGGAAUUGUGAUACAGUGGAAAAAUCUGUCUGUAAACAAUUGUUGGAAAAAAUACUUGUGUCAUGAACAAAGUAGAUCUCCUAACCGACUUGCCAAAACUAUAGUUUGUUAACAAGAAAGUGGAGUGGUUGAAAAACAAGUUUUAAUGGCUCCAACCUAAGUGUAUGUAAACUUCCGACUUCAACUUGAUUUUGUGUGUGAACUCAGCAAAAAAAGAAACGUCCCUUUUUCAGGCCCGUCUCUUUCAAAGGAAAUUCGUAAAAAUCCAAAUAACUUCACAGAUCUUCAUUGUAAAGGGUUUGAACACUGUUUCCCAUUCUUGUUCAAUGAACCAUAAACAAUUAAUGAACAUGCACCUGUGGAAUGGUCGUUAAGACAUUAACAGCUUACAGACGGUAGGAAAUUAAGGUCACAGUUAUGAAAGCUCAGGACACAAAAGAGGCCUUUCUAUUGACUCUGUAAAGCACCAAAAGAAAGAUGCCCAGGGUCCCUGCUCAUAUGCGUGAACUUGCCUUAGGCAUGCUGCAAGGAGGCAUGAGGACUGCAGAUGUGGCCAGGGCAAUAAAUUGCAAUGUCCGUACUGUGAGUCUUCUAAGACGUCGCUACAGGGAAACAGGAAGGACAGCUGAUCGUCCUCGCAGUGGCAGACCAUGUGUAACAACACCCCCACAGGAUCGGUACAUCCGAACAUCACACCUGCGGGACAGGUACCGGAUGGCAACAACUGCCCUAGUUAGACCAGGAAUGCACACUCCCUCCAUCAGUGCCCAGACUGUUCGCAAUAGGCUGAGAGAGGCUGGACUGAGGGCUUGUAGGCCUGUUGUAAGGCAGGUCCUCACCAGACAUCACCGGCAACAACGUCGCCAAUGGGCACAAAUCCACCAUCGCUGGACCAGACUGGACUGGCAAAAACUGCUCUUCUCUGACGAGUCGCGGUUGUGUCUCACCAGGGGUGAUGGCCGGAUUCCGGUUUAUCGUUGAAGGAAUGAGUGUUAGACCGAGGCCUGUACUCUGGAGCGGGAUCGAUUUGGAAGUGGAGGGUCUAUCAUGGUCUGGGGCGGUGUGUCACAGCAUCAUUGGACUAAGCUUGUUGUCAUUGCAGGUAAUCUCAAUGCUGUACAUUACAGGGAAGACAUCCUCCUCCCUCAUGUGGUACCCUUCCUGCAGGCUCAUCCUGACAUGACCCUCCAGCAUGACAAUGACACCAGCCAUGGCUGUGUGUGAUUUCCUGCAAGACAGGAAUGUCAGUGUUCUGCCACGGCCAGCGACGAGCCCGGAUCUCAAUCCCUUUGAGCACAUCUGGGACCUGUUGGAUCGGAGGGUGAGGGCUAGGGCCAUUCCCACUAGAAAUGUCCAGGACCUUGCAGGUGCCUUGGUGGAAGAGUGGGGUAACAUCGCACAGCAAGAACUGGCAAAUCUGGUGCAGUCCACGAGGUGGAGAUGCACUGCAGCACUUAAUGCAGCUGGUGGCCACACCAGAUACUUACUGUUACUUUUGAUUUUGACCCCCCCUUUGUUCAGGGACACAUUAUUCCAUUUCUGUUAGUCACAUGUCUGUGGAACUUGUUCAGUUUGUCGCUGUUGUUGAAUCUUGUUAUGUUCAUACAAAUAUUUACACAUGUUAAUUUGCAGAAAAUAAACACAGUUGACAGUGA